UAGUAAGCUAAUCUAUCGGCUAUCACUGUCUAACCGGCAAAGAAGAACGAGAAAGAUGGGAACGUUGCCGGUGGUUUACAGUCACCAGUUACAGGGAUUCGCCUCUAAUCAUUUCGAUUCUCAGUGCAACAAGGUGAACCAUGUGCGGAGGAGUCCAAUUACUUCUUCUACAGUUUCCGCCGCAGUCGGAAUUGAAUCAAUUUUCAUUGGAAGCUGCAAGGUCCGACAGAGGCUGAGGAGGUUAUCAUCGUGCCCUUCAAGUCAAAGAUCAUACACUCGCCAUCUCUGCAAGGCUCAACUUGUUCAAGAUUUUGCCCCUGCAGCUUCUGCAGGUUACGCUAUUCUUCUCCUCGGCGGUGGUCUGUUUGCCUACACCAAAUCAGGAAGCAAAGGGUCGCUUUUUGGCGGACUUACGGGGGCAACUCUUAUGUCUGUUGCUUACUAUCUUAUGCAAUCAUCUGAGACAAAGGAGAUUGGCGAUGCACUUGCAUUUGGAGCUUCUCUUCUUUUUGCUUCUAUAUUUGGAAUUCGUCUUGCAGCCACACGGAAAGCAAUUCCUGCGGGACUUCUUUUAGGCCUAUCAGUCUCUAUAAUGGCAGUCACCUUCUCAGCUUACCUUCAAGAUAGGAUCUAAUGUAACAUCUAUACCCUUUAAUUUCCACUUUGUGGACACAAUAAAACAUGUUUUAGGGUUUUUUUUUUCAUCAAGUGUUGUAUCGAUGUAUGUGAGAGGAAGUUUUGUAUGAACAUGUUUCCUUUUCUUGGAAUGAGUGAACUGUCUGAAUAAUUGUAAAUCAUUAUUUUAUCCUUGUGGAAUUAAUGAAUUAAAAUAA